AUGAUGAACGCAGCAGAUGUCAUUUUGGACGACGUGACUAUCCCGUUUGACUGGGACUUCGCGACCUGUCCGUCCUCCGAUACCGACCACUCCAUAUCACCGAGCCCUUUGACAACUGUCUCACCUUUCGACUAUCUCAUUCACAAGCCCCACGACCGCAUACGAACCAAUACCAGUGCCAAUACCAAUACGCCAUUAUCUGGAUUAUCCACAAUCUUUGAGUCUUCUGUCUUGACUAAGAUCGACAUAUCUCUCGAACCUCCAACACUUGAGCUCGAUCUGUUAUGCCAAGAGUCUUUUGUCUACAAGGCCCCAGAUAAUAAAGAAUGCUACCCGCAUGGAUUAAGCAAUGCUGGGUCUAUUGGAAACCACCAAACCAAACGUCGGCAAAAAGCACCUAAAUCAUAUGUUUCUCGGGGACAACACUGUUCUCUUCUGCGUGUCGAUCUUCAACAAGGGAAGGAAUCGUUGCCUUCUGUUUGUGCUGGAAGUCACCAAGAUAGCGUUACUGUCAAGCGAGCUCGUAAGAACUUGGCGACCCAAAAGUCCCGUAGCCGAAACAUUCAGUAUCUCCAGGGCUUACAAAAGCAAAUUUUAGAGCUUGAAAUUGAGCGGGAUUAUUGGAAGGGUAUUGCCUUAUCAAAGUCAUUACAAUUAGUAUAA